AUGGGAAGACACUCUUACUGUUACAAGCAGAAGCUUUGGAAGGGUCUAUGGUCUCCUAAAGAAGAUGAAAAGCUUCUCAGACAUAUCAUUAAGUACGGUCAUGGAUGUUGGAGCUCUGUUCCUAAGCAAGCAGGUUUGCAGAGGUGUAGUAAGAGUUGCAGGCUUAGGUGGAUCAAUUACUUAAGGCCUAAUUUAAAGUGCAACAUGUCACAUAGUGUAGCAAAACAGAAUGCAUCAACUUCAGAGUUCAGAUACCAUUCACUAAAAAAUUGUGCACAGGUGAAUGGAUAUGAAACUAGGAUAUUGAGCACAAGUGAGCACAGGUGA